AUCGUUAGUUUACAAAAUUCGAUAGCUCGGGGGAUUAAAAAGCUCAUCACUGAAGUUAGGGGGUUGUUGUAGCAUGCGAUAUAAAGUGAGGCGACUCGGUCUGAGAGAAUUGAUGGUUUGAGAAUUCCACAUCAACUAGUCGGGCGUCGUGACAUUACCACAGCGCUGCUGCGCGGAGGAAAUAGACACGAAGAGGCGGAUAGGAACACUCACGAGAGUUCAUUGAAUUGCAGUUGCAGUGGUGGAUGCCAAGCCGGCAUAGCCCAACGAAGAGUCCUUUGUGUUUACAGUAGUCACUGUGGAUGGAUGAACAUGUGCUGAGACUGCGUGGCAUGAGCCAUAAAAAAUCAUAAGUAGCUGAUGUGAGUUUGUGCUCAGAGAAAAUACCACUGUCUUGAGCUCCUCCCAUCAAUUGUAGCAUCUUCUCUCAGCACACUAGUUCACAUCGAAACAAUCAGCGUAGAUAUGGCCGGAAUGUUGGAGAAGCUCUGGGACGACGUCGUAGGUGGUUCAGCUCCUGACAAAGGCUUGAAGCAACUGCGGAAAAACAACUCAGAGAAUGGACGCGACGCGAUGCAUGAUCCAAGGGUCUUGGAGCGACGCUUCAGUGCAGGAGCAUAUGAUAGCCCGUCGCAGAACAUAUCCAUUAAGAAGCCUCAGAAAAUGACUAUGUUGGACACCGACUCCGUGGCAGGCACCCCCAGUAGUCUGGGAUCAACCCCGCCUGCUUCACCGUCCAUGGCUUCUCCUUCAUCUUAUCACAAGGAAAAGGAUAAUAUCUGGCGUAGCGUCUUCCACCCAGGACAGAACACGGUGAUGCGCAAGGUGGGAUCUGACAAGUUCGACAAGGCGCAGCCAAAUUCGCCCACAGUUUAUGAUUGGCUUUACAGCGCCAAUACGAAGUCGGAGUACCGUUAGGUGCACAAUUUCGAGAUCGACGACCAAUUGUUACCGCGUUGGACACGCGGGAACAAUCUCGAAAACUCGCAACAUCUUCAGACUCAGCCUGCACUAAUAUGUCCAGGGGCCACACUGCACUCAUCCGAAAAGUAACGAAAGUUGCGACUUAUACAUUUGCUAACACCCCGGUGCCCAAGGCCGUUCUAAAGUAUACUUGCAGUAAUUUUGAUGCAUGCAGUCGUGUUUCGCUCUGUUACCUGAAUCCGGUAAUUGUUACUCUGCACUCAGCUGUGCACAGCUCACUUGCAUUCCAUCCACGGUUCGAAGCAAUUUUGAGUGAACUGAAGGGAAAAAAUUACAAAAAUACAAAAAACAAAAACAAAAACAAAAAAAACAAAAAAGAGACGAUAAAACUGAAACUAGAAGUUAAUUUCAGGCUUUGGGUUUUUGUAUUCAAGAGUAAGUUUUGUGUACAUUUUUCUACCUUAGUUGCCGGAGUGCUUUCUAAAAGCUCGGUAACAAGUAGACCGACUCGGCAAAGUACUUGUUUCCUGUUUGUAUUAAGUAAAAUUUUGACUUGCUUGUACAUCGAAAGUUUCUUUCAUGCA